CUCCCGCUGUCAAGUGUAUGUGCACUGGUCGAUUAAACAGUCCACACACACGGAGUGAAGAUGGCGAUGAGAGCAGCGUUGCGGUGCCUCUCCACAAACUUUUCCCCGAGGCUCCCGCAGCUCUCGUCGGCAGCGCAGGUGUCCGCUGCUCGGCUGGUGUGGAGGAGCGGCUCUCCGCGGACACUGAGCACGACCUCGGCCCUGUCCACAGCCCUGAAGUUCACAGAUAAGCACGAGUGGGUGCAGGUGGAGGGAGAGAUUGGCAUAGUUGGUAUCAGCAGUUAUGCUCAGGAAGCAUUAGGUGAUGUGGUGUAUUGUGGACUCCCUGAAAUCGGCCAAAGACUUGAACAAAUGGAGGAGUUCGGGGCCUUGGAAAGUGUAAAGGCUGCUAGUGAGCUUUACUCACCACUGACAGGAGAGGUGACUGAGAUCAACACAGAGCUGGCAGAGAACCCCGGACUCGUGAAUAAAGCCUGCUAUGCAGACGGGUGGCUAAUCAAAAUGAAGAUUGAGGUGCCCGCAGAGCUUGAUGGUCUCAUGGAUCAAGCUGCGUACGAUAAAUUUCUGAAGUCACUUGAAGAGUAAAUCAAUAAACUCCCUCUACUGUACUGUUUUUUAAUGUAAUAUCAAUAAAGGCUCUGUAGGCAGGGUUACUAACA